CGGAAGCGGAAGCGGGUGCGCACGGAGAGUGGCCACGAGCCGGCGCGGCGGGACGAUGGGGCCGAAAGAGCGAGGGGAGAAACGGCGGCGGGUGGAGGCCCCGGCCUCGGCCGCGCCCCCUGCCCCGGCUCCGGCCUCGGCCGAGCCGCAGUUCCCCGCCCGCUUCAGCGUGUCCGAGAUCAAGAACAAGCAGCGGCGCCAGCUGAUGUACCAGAGGUGGCGGCGGGCCCAGCGCAAGGAACAACUGGAGGCCAGAAAGAAACGGAAGAAGGAGAGAGAGGCACUUGGAGAUAAGGCUCCACCAAAACCAGUUCCAAAGACGAUUGAAAACCAGCGGGUGUACGAUGAAACAGUUGUGGACCCGAACGACGAGGAGGUGGCUUUUGAUGAGGCAACAGAUGAAUUUUCGUCCUACUUCAAUCGGGAGGUGACCCCUAUGGUCCUCAUCACGACGUCAGAUCGUCCUCGAGGGAGAACAGUCCGGCUUUGUGAUCAGCUGUCAAAGGUGAUUCCAAACUCACAUGUCUACUACAGAAGAGGUCUGGCUCUGAAGAAAAUUAUACCCCAGUGCAUUGAGAAAGGUUUUACUGACCUGCUUGUCAUCAAUGAAGAUCGGAAAGUACCAAAUGGAUUAAUUAUUAGUCACCUUCCAGAUGGACCUACGGCUCAUUUCAAGAUGUCCAAUGCCCGCCUAGCCAAGGAACUUAAGAGGCGAGGAAAGGAACCAACAGGACACUGCCCUGAGGUGAUCCUCAAUAAUUUUUCCACCCGACUGGGACACAGCAUUGGGAGAAUGUUUGCCUCUCUGUUCCCUUACAAUCCACAGUUCCUGGGGCGGCAGGUGGUGACUUUUCAUAACCAACGUGACUACAUCUUCUUCAGAUUCCACAGGUAUGUAUUUCGGAAUGAGAAAAAGGUUGGUCUUCAGGAACUUGGGCCACGAUUCACCCUGAAACUUCGCUCUUUGCAGAAAGGGACAUUUGAUUCAAAGUAUGGAGAGUACGAAUGGGUUCACAAGCGUCACGAAAUGGACACGAGCCGCAGGAAAUUCCACCUGUAAUGCAGGACUCAAACAGGACUGGAUACACCAACUGUUGCUACACCUUAAGUAUUUUGGAUAAUCUGAAGACCAGCAAUACAGUCUCAUCAUUUUCACACAAGACUGACAUUAACUGAGGCUAUAACAGUCUUUGAGGAAGAACGACAAAUCGGAAUGCUGACUUCCUUGUAAAGUUUCUGCUAAAGAGAAGUAAACUCCCAAAUUUGGAAGUUUCUGACUGGGGUAUACUUGUUCUCCAAAUAUAAAGUAUACCUUAUAAUUACUGUUUUGUAGAAGGACCUUAGGUUUACAUCAAUUAAAACAUUUAUUUGAAUAUACACUA